AUGGACCAAAUCGGUGUCAUCGCGGACUAUUUCCACUACCCUAAUGGUAAAACCAAAGAGUAUGUCGAAUUCCGUCAAUGUGUCACCAUGAAGUACGGCUUGAUCAUGGGUUGUAUCACCAUGGCGGUGCUCACGUGGAUUCCCAUCCAAAACUACCUCUUAUCACGAGGUAAAUGGUACUUCAGUCGCGUUCAUGUGUUGGGACCGUUGAAUCUGAGACUUGAUAAGGUCAUUCUGUGGUCUGAGCACUCCAAUAGGCCAUUGGUAGGCAGAACGUGCACGGCAAUCAAGGCCGUCGCCUACAAGUUGUACUUAAAUAGCAGUACAAUGUUCCAGAUCUUCUUAUGGAUGUCAAUCUUCCUGGUUUUGGCGUUAACGGACAUCCAUCAUGGAGACUUGAUCUUUGUCACCAAACGUCUUGGAAGACUCGCAGUGGUAGCACUUCCAACGGUGUUUUUCCUUACUUUGAGACCAAGUCCACUCCCCAAUACCCUCUACUUGGCGUUGUUGCCCAUCCACAAGUGGUUGGCACGUGUGGUGGUUCUUCUGGCUGUGGUUCACACGAUCAUCUACUUGGGAUACUUCCACAAAACGAAUAGCUGGGCCAAAGCAGGCAAAACGGCCAACUUAUAUGGCUGGAUGUCACUUUUUGGCUUUUUAAUGAUUUUGAUCACUUCGUUGCUGAAAGCCCGUGAUCGUUUCUAUAAGCUUUUCUUCCUCAACCAUUACUUUUGGAGUUGGGUGAUCGUUCUUUGUCUUCCCUUCCAUGUCCGUCCAGUAAACACCACCUACGCCAACAUUUUGAACGUUCUGAUUCUCUCGUACCAGGUGUACAACCGUUUGAAGCUUACAAUGGUGGCAUCAUCGCCUCACGACUUCAAGAUCAUUGAUGUUUCACCUAACAUUGCAUUUGUCGAAUUCCCAAACUAUUUGAUCAAAAAUAGAGCCAUCAAUCCUGGUGCUCAUGUUCGCAUUACGAACUACCAUCCUAAUUUUAUUGUGAGAGCAUACAAGCAGCUCAUCCCCAAUUAUCAUCCUUACACUUUGGCAUCGUUGCCUCUGGACCGCUACCAGAGACUCAUCAUUCGGAAAAGUUCGUUCAAAUGGGUCAAUGGGCAACGUUACAUUGUCAAUGGCUCCUUUGAUCCUAAGUUGCUUCUCGUCAAAUCACGGAACGAUCCGAAAAGUAAUUUCUCCAUCUCAAAGUUGGCAGUCAAUGCUAGAAAGAUCUUGAUUGUUAUCGGAGGUUCUGCAAUUUCGUUUGCCCUCCCAAUUUUAAGAGUUCUGAAUUACCACGGCAUUCCAGUCAAGGUAAUUUGGGUGAUUAGAGACUUUCGUGACAUUGCUGUCCUUCGCUACUUCGACGGGUUCAUUCAAGGUGAGGAUUUCGAGAUUUUUGUCACGGGCAGCCCUGCCAUCGACGAUGGGUUUGAUCUUGCAGCCUUAAGAAAUGCAACCAGCUACGGAACCUUCAGGUCAGCUAGGCUGGAUUUGGAAAACAAUGAUUUUUCCCGAUUGGUUACCAAUGACCCUGAAGAUUUCACCUCCAAUCAGGAAAUGGAAAACGUCAUUGUUGACUUAUCCGAUGAAGAAGACGAGGACGACUUGGAGCGUGACUGUACAUCCAAUCUGUUCCAUGAUUCGCCAUAUACAUCAGAAGAGAAUAGUGAUGGAGAAGUACAAGUUGGCGAAGAUGUGGUCCAAUAUGAUGAUGUCAGGUCCAGACACUCCAGACGGUCCAGCCGGUCGUACUCGAUCAACGAGCAGUUCAUUCCACAGUUGGAGAAGGGCAACGAGUGUCACGAGUACUAUAAAAAGACUGUACAACGACUCCAUCUCGAGCACCACAUCUACAAGGGCCGGCCCAAGUUGAACUAUAGAUAUUACAACUGGUGUGCCAAUGCCACAGACAUUUUCACACAAUGCUCGGGCCCAGUUCUAGAUGAAUCGAGCAAUCUCGUUUGUUGCCGUGAUCUUCCGGGCAGACACCAGAUGAAUGCAGCACAACAACUUCCGGAUGUGGAGAAGGUGUGGGUCAUUUCGGCCGGGCCGAAAUCGCUUGUGAAGAAUGUGAAACUCUGGGCUAGUGAGAAUGGCCUCAAAUACCACGAAGAGGCCUUCUACGUGUAA